AUGGCCUCAAUUGUUUUGAAGAGAACCCAACAGAAGGUAACAAAGUCCACAUGCGCUGACACUAUAUACAACGCGAUAAAAGCGGGCUACCGCCUUCUUGAUGGUGCCGGUGACUACGGAAACGAGAAAGAGGCAGGUGAUGGUGUGCGCCGGGCUAUUGCGGACGGCCUCGUCAAGCGGGAGGACCUAUCUCAGUGCAUCGUUGUUAAACAAAUCACCAAGAUGCAACUUAAACUCUGGGGAAUUGACUACUUCGACUUGUUCCUCGUCCACUUCCCCGUCGCACUGAAAUACGUCGAUCCCAGCCACCGCUACCCCCCUGAGUGGUUCGGUGACGAUGGCAAGGUCUACACUCAAAACACCCCGAUGCACGAGACUUGGGGUGCAAUGGAGGAGCUCGUUGAUGAGAAGCUGGCGAAAAAUAUUGGCCUGAGUAACUGCCAGGGGUCUUUAAUCCUUGACGUUCUCCGUUAUGCCAAGUACGAGCCCCAGGUAUUGCAGGUUGAGCUGCACCCAUACCUUACCCAAGAAGCCCUCGUCAAACUUUGCAAGACGUUCAGCAUUGCCGUGACUGCCUACUCGUCGUUUGGGCCCCAAUCCUACGUCGAACUUGGUGUUGAUAAAGGUGCUCCUUCGCUCCUCAAACACGACGUGACCUCCACUGCGGCCAAGACGCACGGAAAAACCGAAGCUCAGGUUUUGCUGCGUUGGGCUACGCAGAGAGGCAUUGCUGUCAUUCCAAAGUCCAACGAUCUUGGCAGAUUGUCAGCAAACUUGGACUGCAACUCUUUCGACCUCUCGGAAUCCGAGCUUGCAGCCUUGAGUGCACUGAAUAUUAACCUGAGGUUGAAUGACCCCGCUGACAUCGAUGGUCGCUUGGCCAUCUUCGCAUAGGGGCGUGAUGGAUAGAAGUGUAGAACAAGUGUAGAAUGCUGGAGAACUGAGAAGACGGAUCAUAUUACCUGGAUGGUGACAUUGUAGUUCACUUGCUGCGGGCGCAAGGGGCCGCAGUGCUGUCGGAGUUUCAAAGCGGCUUUAUCUCCUGAUAGUUAGUAACAUUGCACAAUUAGCGCCUUCCUUUCAUCCCCCAUGGCUACAAUUGCACAAUUCAAGCUUUCGAAACAAGGCGGGCUCACUCGUCGCCUGACAUUCCCUACGCAUCCUAGUUGGGCUGUUCUAUCCUCAA